AGUUCAGUGUUUUGAGCGCGUUCUUCGACGGCGGUCGCAUUCGAAUCCGGUUUGUAAAUAAGGAGUUUUCAUACGUCGCGUGUUCCGUCACGUCUCUGUUCCCGAAAACGUAGUAAAUAUUGCGUGCAGCAGUUUUUCUUCACGAGCGCGCGUGUUUUCAACGACUCUUUGUCAAUAGCCCACGACCAAACACCGAUUUCAGGUUUCAUUUUCAAACAGAACAGAUCAACAAUGAAUAUAGAAAUCUCCCGUCUUACAAUGGCCAGUACCGAGCAAGGUGGAACCGACCAAACAGACCGAGGACUACGAAAGGAUUACUUCAACAGCAGUGGCAUAGGGAAGUUUGUUUCUCCGGUUUGCAAACUGCUCCAAGUGAUCGUCGCCAUUAUCUGCAUCGGACUGAUUGACGAUCCAGCCAACAAUUCUCGAUUCCGAGUGUUCGUGUCCGCACGAUCAGCAGCCCUUGCCUAUUCCACCUUUGUGACGUUCCUAAUCUUCCCCGUAAUUUAUCUGUUCGGCAAAUUACUUCGAGAAAAUGUCCCGUGGAAGCUACAAUCUUUGCUGAAUUUGAUAGCUUUUAUAAUGUACAUAGCCACAGCAGUUUGCGUUCUCAGUGACUGGUCGGAUGCAAAAACCAAAAGUUAUUGGCCACCAAACACACAGCGAAUGGAUUUCCAAUGUGCUGUGGGAUCACUGGCCAUCAUCGGAUCCUUGUUGUUUUUGAUUGAUCUGAUUACAACCGUCCGGUUGGGCAUAAAAGGCGACAUCGAAUAACACAGCGAAGAUCCGAUAUGUAGGACUGUAAGAUUGUAAAUAAUUGCUGAAGCAUUAUGCACAACAUUCAACCAUACCGGGGAAAAAAAACCUUGAAAUCAUACCGUCCAAACAUUUUUACACAAUUUUGCAGACAAUCUAAACAGAGAAACUCAUAGAUAUAUGGACCAAAAAGUAGCAUUAAGAAGAAUGAACUAUUAUAUUGUUUUCAAGAGUAUUUUAAAUUAUUGAUCAAUGCACUCGAAGAAAAACAUUUCACAUCGAACUGGGGACUGCCACCUCUAAGUGCAUGUGUUGCUAAAAGCCAUAUUAAAGACCUAGUGUUAAAACGAAUGUACAAAAAGGCACAAGUUCAAGUUUGUUUCAUCGUAGAUAAGCCAUCGUGAAUAAAUAUUCUUUUGAGAAAAAACUAA